CCCGCCGCCAUAACUAACCACGAUUUCGUUCCCCCUCUCCUUAACCGAGAUGAUUUCGACCGUUUCGCGAGUAAAUUCCUCCUUUCGUUUCUUCGCCGCUUCCACUGCCACUUUCCGUUGUCCUUGCUUACUUCGCGUUUAGUCGCGAUCAGCGCACAUAGAAUACAUAAGCUUUGAGAAGGAAGAAUUGCACAACACAACGGCUAGAAAUUAUUUCAAAUUUCGGAAUAAAGUGAUCUAUCUUCUAUGGCGUUGUCUACAAUGAUCGUAAUGUGAAUAGCAAUGCAAUAACAAUUCGUACGACUAUGCCAACUGGAUAAUUCCCGUAUGAACCAACAUGCAUACGCGUCCAUAUGCAAAUGGAGUUGAAACAUCGUCAUCGUCGUCGAUAGUUGCGCAUGCGCGUCCGCUAUCGCGAAACGGACAGAAGCGUGAUCAGUCGGCGGGUCGGCCAACUGGUUUAGCGCGUGUCGCUUUCUCGACGGUCAGGAUCGAUCGUGACGAUUAUUAUUUCACGAGGAAAGAUCGUAUGUGAGGAGCGAUCGGACGAAAAUAGACAGGUGGGCCGACGCGAGAUAAUCUUUAAAUAAGUGGGUAAAGUUAUGUGAUUAUCCGUAGAUCGAGGAGUGACGAAAAGACACGAUGAUAUCUCUCGCAGACACGACAGAGCAGAAACAGUUAAACUUCGUUUCAAGCUACUGCCGAGUGUCCUCUAACGCCCCAUGUUAUUUAUCGAACGUGCGCAGAUUUCGUGUAACUAUUUAGUCGUUUUGUAAUUCAAUAACGAACGCAGUGUAUGCGGUGAACGCGUGAAGGCUUUUUGCCUUGUUAGCCAUAAACAGCUGUCAUCGUUCUCAUUUUUUUUACGGGUGAUAUAUUUACGUUCCGAUUCAACGAGGCGACUACAUUGGAUCGUCGAACCGGUUGCGGAACGAUCGAUCGAUAGUGCACAAUCGCGUUCGCGAUCCUACUUUGUCUAGUAUUUAGUAUGAAUAAUUAGUUUUCUAAGCGAUACGUUCAAAACAAAUGGUAAGAGUUCAUAAGGAUAUUUUUUCAUUGAAAAGGUAGACAAAAAUCAUCGAACAUGACGAAUAUCAACGCAGUGUCUGUAUCUCGGAACCAAAAUACCGCAUUAAAUUCCACUGGUUUUCACUUGUCGAAUGGGAUCGAAAAUGUAAUUGAGAAGAUUGAGAAUCUUCGGCUUACUCGCGACACGGUCGAUCAAUCGAAUGAAAUACGCGGUUUCGACGCGUAUCGGACGAAACACAGCGUACGAAGAGUCCCCGGCUGUCAAACGUCGAACAAUAACGACAUCUACGACUGCGAUCAUGACCAUGAUAGGGAGAACGAUCGAAACGAUCUGAUUGAACGAGGGCCGAUUAAAUCGCAAUUUUGUUCGCUGACUCGCAGUCAACCUUACUGGACGAGCGUCGAACAGCCACGGAAUUUUCAAGCAAACGAAACAUUUCCGAUCGAUUACGAUAAAACCGCGGAACAAAUUCUACGUGAUAAAGAAUGUAGUGAAAAAUUGAACGCUUGUCUCGAUCAAUUACAAGAUUUGGAGAGAACAAGCUGCACUUACGAUAGUAACGCUAGAGAUGAAGAUAAAUCGCAAGUCUAUAGUUUAAGAAAGGAUUUUUCUUCGACUCCAUCGACGAUCGUCGGGAAUGCUUUAAGCGACGACUUGUUAUUAUUGGAGAAUGUGCUAUGCGGAGCUUUUCAAGCGGCCCAACACGUAACAAAGAAGAGUUUCCUACGUUCGCAGGAAACAAUGGAAACUUUCUUCGAUACUUGUUUGACCGAUGGUAAUACGAUCGUUUCCAGUUCUGAGAGCCGUGAAUCGAGUCGUACUCACUCACCGGCUUUGCCCAUUUCUACACAAUCUUCGGGAAGAUCGCAACCAAAGACGAAUCACAGCCCAAUCGGCUCUCCUCGGAUCACCGUCACAUCAACGUGCAGCCCGGCGCAAAUUUUCUCCUGUUCUUCAAGUUGCUCACCUUCUUCUUCGAGUCAGUCGUACGGUGACACAUCAAGUCCGAACAGUUCGUUUACAUAUCAGACGACAGCCGGUUCGCGAAUCGGGGAACGAUUCAAACAGGAUUUCGAAAAUUUUCAGUUUUGGAGGCUCGAUGGCGAUACUGACGUAUCCAACACCGUAGUAAAUAAUAUCGACGAUAAUGAACUGUUGUCGCAAGUGAUGGAUGAACUAGUGAGUAAUUUAAACGGAGAAAAAGACAAAGUGGAAGAAACAUAUUUGCAGAACCCUUCGAAAGUGAAAAACGCCCCGAAUACGAUUACCUUCCAAACCAAUAAUUUUCAGCAAGUCCGACACUCUCCGAAUCGCGAUAAUGUCCCCAACGAAGGUGUGAUGGUUCCGAAACCUGUAUCAUGGUUCGACGUAUCGUAUUCUCCGGUAUCACGAGCUAACAUUCCUCAGAAAGAUACCCAGAAGAUCGAAACGACGAACACUGCUAUAAAUGCGCCUUUGCUUUCGAGUUACACAAAGUAUGAUAAAAGUUACGGUACUCUAGUUAAACAGCGUUCGUCAGAAACAAUCAGUACAAAGGACAAUAUCCAUCAUGAGCGUGAUUUCUCCCCAUUGUUUCACUCGUUUGGUGACUCUUCGCCAACCAUAGACGCGAUCGUCGCUACUAAUUUCAGCUUUGAUGAUUUUACCACGAAAAACUUACCAACGAAUCCUAAAGACGAUUAUCAAAUCCCAAAGAUGGUUGCUUCGUUUGAAGAUCAUUCUCAGCAACACUGUUUUAGCAAUUCCGAUCGAAAUACGAUACCCUGGUCAUCGUUGAAUUUGCCAUCUGUAAAGGCAAGCGAAAAACUGAAAGAAAAAUUAGAUCCGCAAGAAGUGAAGAAGGCUAUGAUUAGUCUGCUUAAACGACCGGUAAAAGAACUAGCCAAACAGGACAAAGAUGGAGAUACAAAACUGAUGUGCCUGGUUGGCAACCCGAACGAACUUGUUCAAAAGAUGGCCUAUUUGGUACCACUCGUAGAACGUAUGAGUACAAUCACAGGAGCUUUAACGAUUACGAACAAUCGCGGCGAUGAUGCGCUUUACUUGGCUGCUCUGAAUUGUCCACAAUCUCCGUUCGUUGCUGGUUAUUUAGCUGCGACUAUGUUGGAAAAAGGAAUCGACAUCAGUCAACGAUUAUAUCAUACUCGAGGGGAUACACUGAUACAUUCGAUCGCGGCACAAGGGGAUUCUCAUGAAGAAACUCUAGCCGAAUUGUUGGCUUUGAAAACCAUCCAAGGGAACCGGCUAUUUGACCUAUCGAAACGUAACUAUGAUGGUAGAACAGCGCUCCACAUUGCGAUCGAAACGCAUAUACCAUUUACAAAAGGAAUCACGUCAUUGGGAACGAUAAAACUACUGUUAAAAUACGGAGCAGAUCCUAGAAUCAAAGAAACAAAAUAUGGGAACAAUGCGUUACAUAUGGCAGUUUCUUUGGAUUGCGAUCCUGUUCUUGUAAAGUUAUUACUGGAUACUUGGGCUUCUGAUUUGGUGAAUGCCGUCAAUUACAAUCACGAUACAGCGUUGCACGCGGUAGCAGCUAUGUCGACCAACGUUUCCUUCGACAGGCAGAAGGAAGUGUAUAGGCUAUUGGUUCAGGCCGGAGGCCACACGAAUUUACCGAAUCAUGAAGGAAAAACACCGUUAGACCUUGUUUCCAUGGAGAGGAAAGGAGCUAUCAGAGAGAUUUUGCACAAGAGGUCUUAAGGACGAACGUAUUAUUUUAAUAUUGCAAUGUUGCUACCCCGCACUCUCUCGUUUUACAUAUACGUAUAUUUACUUAUCGUUCACGCAUCUUAUCAUUCGAGCUGUUUCUCUGCUGCAGACCGUUUUUUAUACAGUCUCCCAAACAUGGAUAAGAAAACAAAUCAAAUUCGUUAACAGGAAUUAGGUUGUAGAAAUAUUGUUAUACAGAUCCAUGCUACAAAUACACAGUUAAGAUGUAA